GAUGUGACCAAGUUUGAGGCUUUGAACCUGCUGGAGGGUCGUAUGUACAUGUUCCGGGUGAUGGCAGAGAAUGCAGAGGGUCUCAGUGAACCGGCCAUGUUGCCAAGACCCAUCAUGCCAGAGAGACCUGUCGAUCUGCCGGACCUCCAGAGGACCUCCAUGAGACUGCAGUGGACCGAAGCAUGGUAUCGCUGACAUGGCGCCGACCACAGUAUGAUGGUGGCGCUGUCAUCACAGGAUACAAGAUUGAAAAGAGAGAUGGCAAGGCUGCCACCUGGGUGACAGCUGGAGAGGUUGGAGGCUUUGACCUCAUGUACGACAUCCGUGGACUUAUUGAAGGAUAUGAAUACUUCUUCCAAGUCAGCGCCAAGAACAUCAGAGGCUAUGGUCCACCAGCUGAGCUCAAACAGGCCAUUGUGCCAUCGAAGCAGAAGGGUAAACCAUCGCGUCCAGUUGGUCCACUCCAAUGCAGCGACAUCACUGACGACUCUGUGAAUCUGUCGUGGCUGCCACCCGAGAGUGAUGGAGGGUCCAGACUGACCGGCUACAUCAUAGAGAAAUCUGACAUCAGACGUCCGACAUGGCUACGAGUUGGCAAGGUUGAUCCUGAUACAACAACAAUGAAAGUAGAGAACCUCCUCGACAACGUUGGCUACUUCUUCCGUGUGAUGGCUGAGAAUGCCAUUGGAGUGGGUCAGCCUCUUGAUACUGAAUCUCCCAUCAUUCCAAAGAGUCCAUACGGUCCUCCAGGGCCCCCAACUGGACCAAUCAAAUCAAUGCAGUUGACCCGCGACUCUGCAACCUUCCAGUGGGAACCUCCAAGUCAUGAUGGUGGCUCAAAGAUUACUGGCUACAUCAUAGAGAGGCGAGAAGAUGGCAAGAAGUCCUGGAUGUAUGUUGGCCGCAAUGAUGCCGACAAUCUUUCCUUCUCGGCCACUGGACUGACUGAAAAUAUGGACUACUACUUCCGAGUGUACGCUGAGAACAAAUAUGGCCGCAGCGAUGCUCUGCAGUCAGAAAUUCCCAUUAUACCAAAGAGAGUAUUUGCUCCACCAGAGGCACCAGUGUCAUUACGGGCGGAGAACAUUGACAAGGAUUGUCUCACCCUGGUGUGGGGCCCACCAGAGGGCGAUGACAGUAUCACAGGCUACAUCGUUGAGAAGAGAGCACAAGACUCUGAAACCUGGGAACGUGUGGCACAUGUGCCAGGCAAAACUACAGCUCGUGAUAUCAUUGGUCUGCCAGAGAACCAGUCAUUCUUCUUCAGGGUAAUUGCAGAAAAUCCAGCAGGAGUUAGCUCCCCUGCUGAACUCAGACUUCCUGUUGAGCUGAAGGCAAAGAAAGAACCACCAAGUAGAAUCCCAGACUCUCCUGAAGUACUGGAGGUUGGCCCCACCCAUGUUGAGUUGACAUGGCAACCACCAGAGUCCGAUGGAGGCUCGCCUGUAACUGGCUACUUCAUUGAGAGGUCCGAUGUGACUGGCCGAUCCUGGCUGCCAAUCAACAAGGAGCCGAUUCCUGACACAAGGCAUCGUGUUGAUGGACUCCAUCCUGGGUGCACCUACGAAUUCCGCAUCAUUGCCCAGAAUGCAGUUGGACUCAGUACACCCUCUCCGCCAUCUGCUGCAGUUGUCUGCAGAGAAACAAUUGUGACGGAAGCACCAAAGUUCGUGAAGGAGUUUGGUGACCUUGACAUCCCAGUCGGUGAAGAAGCUCGCUUCGUGUGUCAAGUGACUGGAAUACCAAACCCAGAGGUCACAUGGUACAAGGACUACUGUGAAGUGUUCGGGACCCGCAAGUACUCAGUGGAGGCUGAUGACAUCACCUUCACCUUGGUUGUCCAUGAUGUGGAGCUGAAAGACAGUGGCGACAUCGAGUGCCAGGCAAAGAACAGAUACGGAAUUAUUUCCAUCAGAGCCAAGCUUAAUGUGCUGGCGCCAGCCCGUAUCGAACUUCCUCCGCGCUAUGCCGAUGGCCUCUGUAUAUCCAGCGGAGACUCCAUCAAGCUCCGUGUGCCCAUAUUUGGACUCCCUCUUCCAACUGCCACCUGGAAAAAGAAUGGGAAGGAACUCCAUGAGGGACCUCACAUUGACAUCACGACCACACCCAAACACUCGACCUUGAUCGUUCAGGAUGCUGGCAUGCGUGAUGCAGGAGAAUACACUCUUGAAGUCCAGAACAAGCUGGGCUCUGACAGCGCCACAGUUCCAAUCUCCGUUGUUGAUCGACCUGACCGCCCUGGUAAACCUGAGAUCACAAGUAUCGAUAAGCACUCGGUGAGCAUGACAUGGGAUGCCCCCAAGGAUGAUGGUGGCUCCCCCAUCACAGGCUACAUCAUUGAGAAGUGUGACAUGCAGACCGCUAUCUGGCGCCAUGCUGAUACAUCCAACACUCGGUCCUGCACCGUCACCUGUCUGGAAGACCGUGGACAGUUCAAGUUCCGCAUCCUGGCCGAGAACAUAUACGGCAUCAGCAGUCCGGGACCUGAGUCCGAGCUGGUGGUCACCAGAGAGCCGAUCCCAGCCAUUGACUAUGAUAAUCUAUAUGAUGCUGACUUCACCGGAACCCCAGUUGAUGUGAGCAGAAUCCGGGGAGACAUCCUCAGCAAGUACAUCAUCUGUGAGGAACUCGGAAGAGGUGCAUUCGGUGUUGUCCAUCGUGCCAUUGAGCGAGCCACUGGCAAGAACUGGGCCGCCAAGUUCAUCCGCUGUCGUCCCCAUGAGAAGGAGACAGUACGGCAUGAGAUCGACAUCAUGAACCGCCUCCAUCACAAGAAGCUGCUGCAACUCCACGAGGCCUUCGACCAGCCUGGCGAGAUGGUCAUGAUCCUGGAACUUCUGAGUGGUGGCGAGCUCUUUGACCGCCUGGUCCAGCAGCAGUAUGACUUGACAGAGGAAGACUGCAUCACCUACAUGCGACAGAUCUGCCAGGGUGUGCAGCACAUGCACGGCAACAACAUCAUCCACCUCGACCUCAAGCCCGAGAACGUGAUGUGUGUGACCAAGGAGAGCAAGGACAUAAAACUCAUUGACUUUGGCUUGGCUCAGCGCCUUGAGGAGGGCAAGUCUGUCAAGGUUCUGUUUGGAACAGCCGAGUUCUGUGCACCUGAGAUCAUCAGCUUUGAACCUGUGUCAUUCGCAACAGACAUGUGGUCACUUGGAGUGGUCUCAUAUGUCCUACUGAGUGGCUACUCGCCAUUUGCUGGGGAGAAUGACCAGGAGACCUUUGUGUACAUCAACCGGGCAGAGUUCGACUAUGAUGACGAGGCCUGGGCACCUGUAUCAGAGGAGGCUCGGGACUUCAUCAACAAACUCCUUUUGAAGGACAAGAAACAGAGGAUGACUAUCGACGAGGCUCUGGCUCAUCCUUGGCUGAAUCCCCGACCCAAGACUGACCUUGACCUUGAUGUCACAGAUGGGUCUGCAGAGAAGAAGUUGAAGGGGGUGAAGCUGUGCCGCCAAGGCCACAAAGACUAUCGGGACAGGACCAGACACAAGGAGGACGAGCUGGACAUUCUCCCCAUCGGCCGCCUGUCUCGGGACAGUGCUGUCUUCAGGAAGGAGGGCGAGCUCGGAAUAUUGGCCCGCAACCUUGUCAUGGAACUGCCGGAACAUGCUCCUGUUGUGUAUGAAGAGCUGGAUGAUGUCACAGGUUACGAGGGGUCAAGGACACAGUUGGCAUGCAAAAUCAUUGGAAAACCACCAGCAGAAAUCAUGUGGUUGAAAGAUGGCGAAGAAGUCAUCCCAAGUCCACGUGCCAAAGCCACAUACAAAGAUGGCAUGGCAACACUUGAUCUCAAAGACCUUGAACCCGAAGAUGGAGGAAAAUAUACCUGCCGUGCUACCAACAGCUUUGGAGACAUUGAAACCACAGCCAAUCUCAAAGUUGAAGAAGUGCGUCACCGGAGAAGAAAGAAGGCUGAAGAGGCCAAACUUAAACAACCCAAGAAGGAAGUUCCAGAAAUUGAGGCAGACAUCCCACCAGAGUUCACACUGCCUCUGAUCGACCAACUGGCACCAGUGGGAGACUCCAUUGAGCUGACUGUCACAGUUACAUCCCGACCUGAAGCCGAGGUAGACUUCUAUCAUGGAGAUGAGAAGGUGUCAGCUGGAGGCCGCUUCAAACUGAAACAUGACAAGGAUGUGUACAGCCUCAUCAUCAGCAAUCUCACACUGGAGGAUGCAGGAGAAUGGAGCUGCCAAGCUGCAAAUACUUUUGGCAAAACACAGUGCUCAUGUGAUGUCAAAGUACUGGACUCGGUGCCAGAAGGCUCCAAGAAGCCUUGGUUCACACAGGGUCUGGAGGCAAUGACCAUCACUGAUGGCAGCAAAGCAGAGCUGAGAUGUAUCGUCACUGGACUGCCACAACCAGAUAUUGAAUGGUACAAGGACCGACAGAGGAUCGAGGCAAGUCGCCACUACGAGAUGAUCCAGGAAGAUGACAACACUCACAUUCUGGUUAUUGAUGGCGCCACCAAAGACGACACGGGGUCAUACAUGUGUCGUGCUGUCAAUGAAGCCGGAUGUGCUUCUACAGAGGCCAGAAUCCGUGUACAGAAAGUGUCUGAUCAAGUUAUCCAGAGAGAAGACACCACCAGAGUGACCGCAGCUCCGACCAAACAAUACCGAUUCCAGAUGGCACCAGACUUCACUGUGAAGCUCCGGAACAAGUCUGUCCCGGAGAACAGCCAUGUGAGACUGGCCUGCUCCGUCACUGGCAUCCCUGACCCCACCAUCAAGUGGUACAAGGAUGGCCAGGACAUCACCAACAUGGCCAGAUACACCAUCUUGAACAACUACGGCCUGCUGUCUUUGGAGAUCCUGAGGACGGCAACAUCCGACAGCGGCUGCUACACCUGCGAAGCCUCCAACUGUGAAGGCACUGUCACCUGCAGCGCAAGUCUUGAUGUGCAAUGCCUGGAUCGGUUAUCCCCUGAAUUUGAUGAGCGUCCCCGUUUCCUGAACCCCCUGGGUGACAUCUGCAUCAGGGAGGGACAGGAUGCUGUGUUUGAGUGCACCGCCACUGGCAAACCAUCACCCUCAUUCAAAUGGCAAAAGGAUGUGAGAGAAGUCUUCGGCAGCUCCAGAAUCAGCAUCGAUUCAGACGAGGAUGGCAAGGCUCGCCUUGUGGUGAAGAAUGCCCGUCUCUCUGAUUCAGGACUCUAUGUAUGUGUGGCCUACAGUCAGGCUGGCCGCUGCAAGUGCUCUGGGUCACUCAGAGUCAUUGAAAAAUCUCCCUCACCACCAUCGCAGGAUGAGUUGAUGCGUCUUGGCUACGGCCCUGAUGUAGAGUUCAACCCCCUGCAUCGUAUCACAGAGCCUGGACGGCCACCCUACUUCUCCAUCAUGCUACCCAGACAGGUAGAAGUUGUGGAAGGUCAGAAACUCCGUCUUGACUGUGCCGUUGAGGGAUUCCCCACACCAGUCGUAACCUGGCACAAGAAUGUCCGUGAACUGACAUAUGGCGAGCGGCACCGCAUCAUGAUGUGCGCAACGCUGCACACGAUGGAGAUGGCAUCUGUCAUGACCAUCGAUUCCGGAGAAUACAUCGUCCGGGCAACAAACGUCUUUGGUUCCGUUGAAACAUCCUGCCAUGUCAAGGUUAAUCUCAGAGAUCCAGAAAGUGAUGAAUACGUGGAGCCUCUCUACACACCCAGGGAUCGUGCACCUGUUGAACUCCGAAGAGAUGGGACCAGCAAACCACCACAAGCACCAUUCUUCAUCAAGCACCUGCCACCAAGGAUCGACGUCAUGGAGGGUGUGGAUGUCCAGCUGGACUGCAUCCUCCGUGGCGGCAUUGACCUCGUACAGUACUCCGAUGAAGGUGCAGACCAGGCCAAGAAAGAUCUGGAAGAAGAGGGCUUUGUUGGAGGAUUUGUUGACAUGGGCAGACUCCCAGCCCCAUCAUCUCCCCAGGUCUCUGCUGAAACAGGAAGUCCUCCUGUGUUUGAGAAGAAACUGACCGAUGUCCAAGCACCAGUUGACAGCCUUGUGAACCUUGUGGUCUCCGUGAUUGAUGACCCUGUGGCCGAUAUCACGUGGUUCAAGGACGGGAAGGAAAUCAAACAAGGAGACAAAUAUGAAAUUUUCUUCGAUGCUGGAUGCCACAACCUAGAAAUCUACGACACCGAGGUCUCAGACAGCGGAGUGUACAAAUGCGUUGCAGUCAAUGCCCUUGGCUCCGCAGCUUGUCAAUGCACAGUUACUAUUCAAGAUUCUGACGAUGUCAAAGUUACAACGUCCCUUCCUGCUGAUGAUUCGGGGAAGGAGGCACCCAACUUCACAACGACCCCCAGUGACCUGACCCUCCCAGCUGGUAGCGAGGCUGUGUUUGAGUGCAGUGUCACUGGCAAACCCACCCCAGAGGUUGCAUGGUUGAAGGAUGGGAAACCUGUAACUCCCAAUGACUGUCUGAGGAUUGUUGCCAAGGGAAACAAGCACCAGUUGAGAAUAUCUGCCAUCGUGAAGUCUGAUGAAGGACAAUAUGUCGCCACAGCAACAUCAGAGGCAGGCACCAAGUCUUGUGCUGCUAGACUCACCAUACAAGUUCUGGCCACCAAGUUUGCUGCAGAGUUGCCAGCAGAAGUCUCUGCCUCGAAGGGGGAAAGUGCCACCCUGACCUGUAGCACACCCCCAGGGGUCAAGGACGUUCACUGGGAACUCAAUGGCAAAAAGGUAAACAAAAGCCACCAGGCUGUGAUGACCUCUGAACCUGAUGGGACUCAAUCCCUUGAGUUGAAGAACCUGAUCAAAUCAAACUUUGGAACAUACUCCUGUGUAGCCAAGAUGGCUGACAAGACAACUCUCACCACAAAAACCAAGCUGGUGUUGGAAGAAGUUGUUGAAAUGGAGGAAGACAUGAGGAAACCCAAGUUUGUGAAGACCCUCAUGGAUGUGUCCUGUCAUGAUGGCGACAUGGUAAACUUGGAGUGCCAAGUCCGUGGCGACCCCCGACCUCAGAUCACAUGGUACAGAGAUGGCGAAGAAAUACCCGACACUCAGGAUUUCCAAAUGAGCAUGAUCGGAACCACCUGUAAACUGUGUAUUGUUGAAGUCUUCCCUGAAGAUGAAGGCAAAUAUGUGUGCAAAGCCGUCAACAGUGCAGGGGAGGCAACUACAUCAUGCAUAGUGUUCGUUGAAGACAUCAAUGACAUGUCCAACAACUCCGAGUCCAAUGCCUCCUCGCUCAACCACGGUAACCGGAAUCGUGACCCCAGUACAGGGGCGCUGGAGUUCCGCAUUGAUCUCAACAACAGAGUUGCCUCAUCUGAGACUGGAGGAAAACAGAAGGUGCAACCUGGGGAAGUGGAAUUUGCCCCUGAAUUUGGUGUCAAACCCAGGAGACAGUUUGUAGAUGAAAAUCAACCUGCCAAGUUCAAGAUUAGCUGUGAAGGUCUACCAAAACCAGAGGUUUCCUGGACCAAAGAAGGAAAACUACUGAAAAAUGAUUCCAAAACAAAAAUGUAUGAAGAGGAUGAUUACAACAUCCUAGAGAUCCAGGACGUCACUGUGUGGGACAAGGGCAUGUACACCUGUAUCCUGGCCAACAAACUCGGCACACUGGAAGCUACCGCGGAACUCAGUGUGUUUGAGAAGCCAAAAUCCUCAUCAAAGAAGCCUGUUGGUCCAACUGUUGUUGCACCUCUGACCGAUUCCACCACUGCAGAAGGCGAAAAGCGAUUUGUUCUUGACUGCAGCUUUGCAGAUGCCACCGACUGUUCCAUCACAUGGUUCAAGGAUGGUGAGGAGAUAAAGCCGGGUCGCGAGUUCCGGGCUCGGUUUGAUGGCAGAGUUGCCUCCCUUACCAUCUCCCGCGUCAUCGAGGAAGAUGUUGGCAAAUAUGAAUGUGUAGCAUCUGGACCCACAGGCUUAGAAGCCAAGACAAACUGUUACCUCAAAGUUGAAGUUUCCAACGAAAAACGUGAACCUCCAGUGUUUGUGCGAGAACUGCGUGACAUGGAGGUCGACAAUGGAGACAAAGUUGAGCUGGUUGUGGAGGUCAAAGGCAGUGAACCAAUCGAUGUGUUCUGGAUACAUAAUAACAGGGAGGUAACUCCGCAAGACACGGAGUGCCAGCUGAUAAGGAACGGCAAUAUUCAUAAACUCGUUAUUCCCCAAGUGUGUCAGCAAGACGCUGGGGAGUAUGUCUGCGAGGCAUACAGUGAUUAUGGUGAUACCGACACGUUUUGUAGACUUAAUGUUCGAGACGUAGAGCUCCCCGCCCCUCCCGAAUUUGUCUCGAGUCCCCGUCUUUUAACAACAGAAGAGGGCUCAAGUACAAUGUACACGUGUAGGGUGAAAGGUCACCCAGUACCCCACGUCUCUUGGGAGAAAGAUGGCAUAGCCAUCAAGGAAAAUAGCCAUUUCAAGAUAUCAAUGCAAGGAGAUGAACAUAUUCUGGAGAUACUAAACACGGCUAAGACAGACGCAGGAAACUUCACCUGUCGUCUAUGCAACUCAAAUGGGGAAGUGUCCAACACUGCCACACUUGUAGUCAAAGAGAAAACAGAUUUUAGAUCUGUCCUUAAAACAAGACCAACUCUUGGAAAACUUGGAAAACAAAACAGCACAGAUUCUGAAAAGUCAGAUAAAGAGAAUGAUCUACAAUUCCGUCAUGUAUUACGCAAGAGUGAUCGAUCAACACCACCUGGUGGCUAUGAUGACAAACGUUCACGUUCUGGGGUACAGCAAGUUGACUUUCGCAAUGUCCUCAAGCACAAAACAAGCAAACCUGAUUCAGUAUUAGCGCCAAAAUCAAAAUCAUUUGAACCUGUGAGAGAAACAGCGACUCUGAAGUCAAGAGAAGCUUAUAAACAAAACAGAGACUGGAACAAGACAACUACUGUGAAGACAGAAACAAUCUCUGUAAAAAGUGUCUCCAAAUCAAAAUUAUAUGACUCUCCCAAAAUAGAGACCAAUAAGUUUGAAAAAAGUUCAAAUGUUAGUUUAAAGAAAUCUCCCCCUCAGGAAGAUGCUGCUCUGAAAAGUAAGCUAAAUAAGUUUGAGCAGAUGUCCAGUCAUGAAGAGUCACCCUCAGGAUCUUUUGUCAAAAGUCACACCAAACAGGGAUCUCUACAAGGAAGAUUAGAUAAAUUUGAAAAGAAUAAACUUCAAGAUGAAGUGAAAACCAAAGUUCAAACAACACUACCUACCUCCCAAACACCUGAUAAAUCAGUGUUAGGAAAACUUAACAAAUUUGAAAAACUUUCAAGCGGUGAACAUACAUCUGCUAAGAAGAAAACACCCCCACCUACACAAGCCCCCAAACCCCGAGGAAAUGUAUUGGACAAAUAUUCCUUCAAGGAGAGGACAUCGCCAAGUCAAAACUUGCAAAACGGUAAAUCAGAUGUAAAGCAGGAAGAUCUAGCAUCUAAAAACAAAAUGACAGAAAAAACUGUGAAAUCUCGCAAGGAGAAAUUUGAGCUUUCUCCUGAUACUGCACCACCAGAGAAAACAAAGCAAUCAAAAUUAGAAAAAAGCAACAAAUUUGAAAGUUCCCCAGAACAAACAUGGAGGUCAAGACCAGAAGGAGAACCUCUGUCUGUGUUGACAACAAGACACUCAGACAUUGUUCAACAACCUCCACAAGUCCAACGCCAGUUGGCAGACCAACGUGUUCGUUAUGGCCACCAGGUGGUGCUGGAGUGUGAGAUAUCUGGAGGAUCUGUUGACUGGAGUGUCAAUGGUAAAGCAAUUCGGUGUUCCAAGUUUUUCAAGAUGGCAGUGACACCUGAAAAUGUCGCAACUCUGAUGAUCGCAGAAGCAUACUCUGAAGACGAGGGAGAAUAUAUUUGCACCGCCACCAACAAGUUUGGAACAGCUUCUACAUCAUGCAGGCUGUUUGUGGAGGCAUCCAGUUCCCUCUCUUCACGCUCUGACAUCGAGGGUGCCGUGACGAUACCUGCUCGUCUUCUGACUAUCACUCCCUCUUCAGUGGCUGUGACCAGAGGUCAGAAGGUCGUCGUCGAGGCAACUUUCAAUGGAGAGCCCAAACCGGAAGUGAGGUGGUUCAAAGGGAGAGAUGAAAUUCUGAAAGACAGGAGAAUCCAGCUAGAAAGUACCGGCAACCACAGUGUCCUGACAAUCAACAAAGCAACACCGGAGGAUGCCGGCAGAUACAUGAUCGCUAUUGAGAACCAUGCUGGCAAGGAUUCUCUCUGUGCCUCAGUCAGCAUAGAAGAUGUCCCCGAACCACCCGGCAAACCCCAGGCUAACGACAUCCUGCGAACAUCAGUGGUAUUGUGGUGGUGUGGCGCCCCCUAUGAUGGGGGCUCUCAGAUCACCCAUUACAAAGUCCAGUUGAAGAAAGUUGGAGACUCUAACUGGACGACUCUCACCUCGGGUUGCAAGAACACCUUCUAUCAAGUGGACAAUCUAGAAGAGAAGACUGCCUAUUAUUUCCGUGUGUACGCUGCCAACAAACAUGGACACAGCAGCCCGGGGGAGAUGUCUGACAAGGUCUUCACGUCCAACAGGAAAAUCUCCCUGGAUUAUGAAUCUGAUGGCGCACCUGAAGUAUUCUCACCUGUGGAAACCAAGUUCAAAGACGAACUUCCAUUUGAGCCUAGAGAAGUGAAAGUGGAACCAUCAAGGAAGUUUGAAGAUGAGUAUGAGAUCAUGCACGAAGUUGGGAAAGGCAAGUUCGGCAACGUGUACAAGUGUAAAUCCAAAGAAAGUGGCAAAAUCUGGGCAGCGAAGAUUUUGAAAUGUCGAGAAAAAGAAAAGGCCAACAUUCGUCAUGAGAUAGAAAUCAUGAAUGAUCUGGCGCAUCCCAAACUUAUGAUGAUCUGGGACGCCUUUGAGGCUCAACGUAGUAUGACUCUUGUCAUGGAAUUCGUUGGUGGUGGCGAGUUGUUCGAACGUGUGAUCAGCGAUGAUUUUGAGCUGACAGAGGGCGACUGCGUCCACUUCAUGCGUCAGACAUGCGAUGGCGUAGGCUAUAUGCACAAUAACGGCAUCCUUCACCUUGACCUUAAACCCGAGAACAUCCUAUGUAUCUCGGACAAAACUAACCAGAUCAAGAUCAUUGAUUUCGGCCUUGCCAGACGGUAUGAGGAUGGCAAGAGCGUCAAAGUUCUUUUCGGGACGCCCGAAUUCAUCGCCCCGGAAGUUAUCAACUACGAUGAGAUCAGCUUUGCCACCGACAUGUGGAGCCUUGGUGUCAUUUGUUACCUCCUAUUAUCAGGCUUAUCUCCCUUCCUGGGGGAUAACGACGCAGAGACGUUAGCAAAUGUUACCCGGGGCGAGUUCGACUUUGAUGACGAGUCAUUCGAUGACAUUACUGAUAAUGCCAAAGAUUUCAUUACGCGUUUGAUGAUCAAAAACAAAGACAAACGCUAUCUGAUUAAGAAAGCCGAACAACAUGUAUGGCUUUCCCAGGAUGAGCGACGAAUCAGAAGUAAACGUCUCAAUACUGAGAGGCUAAAGCGAUUUAUGUUGAGAAGAAAAUGGCAGGUUUGUGACGAUAUGGAUGACAUCGAUGCCAUGAUAGAAACCCCCAAGGAUACCAUUCAACAGACAACCCAAGGUACCCUUUCUUUUACCAAGGAGGUAUCUAAAGAACAAAGGGAGACAACCACAUCUGAUGACGCUCCUGACUUGAAGCAAAAGAAGAAAACCUGCCCCGAUCACAACGGGAACGUUGCAAUAUCAAAACAAAAUGGAUAUAACGAUGCUGAUAAUACUACCGAUGGCGGCACUUCACCCAAUUUUAUCAAGGAAAUGUUAGACUGUGAAGCCUUUACUGGUGAUGUAAUCCGCUUCGACGUACGGGUUGCAGGCAGCCCAGAACCUGAAUUUCAUUGGUUGCAUGAAGACGAAGAGGUUCAAGAAGAUAGGCGGCAUAUUGUAGAUGUUAGUGACAAUGGACAAUGUUCGUUAAUCAUUCGCAACGUAACGGAGGCAGACGAGGGGGAGUACAGCUGUGUCGCAGUGAAUGAUAAUGGUGAAGCAUCAUGCUCUGCAGAACUUAUCAUCUGCAGCAUUGGUGCAAUAUGAUUGGUGAAAAAUUCCAAAUAUGCUUUCCAUUGGUAAAUGUUGCCAUUUAUGACAUCAACCGAUUGAGACUUUUCACUGCUGUGAGAUUUGAGUUUAGGGUGGGUGUUAUGGCUGAAAGUUAUUUUUGUUUGACCAGCUGAGAUGUGAUCAGCCAUGUUGAAAAAUGUCCUCCCCCAUGUCCUCCAUUGUCCAUCUAACCCAAUGCAUUUUUGCAACCAGACUGACUUAUUGUUCAUUAUCUGGCUCUAGUGACAGAUCCAUUCUGUGGGCUCCUCCAAUCAGAAUGGAGAACACAGAAUGUACCUGUGAUAUAAGCCAAUGAAAAUGAUGAACACGUAUUAAAGUGGUGCUGAUCCUGUGACGUCAUGAUAUUAUGUAUGUAUACUACACAGAGUGUCUAUACCUGUUUUUAUUAUUAUUUUUAAAAAUGUACUUUUCAGUUGUCUGUCAGUGUAGAUAGAUCUACCUGGUUUAUGUACAGUGUAAGGCUAUGUUUGUCCAUCAGCGCCCAAGAUUUUCUUGGAUAUGGACAAUCUCUCCACAUUUUUUUCAAUUUUGUUUCUUUCUUCAAUGUUUUUUUUUUUAUUUAAAUUAUCUUAAAAUGUGUGGAGUCUUGUCCAAAUCCAUUUUUCGAUGACCCUCUUUCUGCCCUGAUGAGCGUUGAUGGAUGAACAUGAUUUGUUGAAUCAGAGACUGUUAGUCAUAAUACUGCUAUUGUAUAUUUGAUGUAGAUAAAGGAACACUGUUGCAAGACUGUACAGAUGCUCAGGAUGAACAUACUUGGAGGUAUUUAUGUGAUAAUUAUGUGCUGGUGAAACAGUCUUUACCCAUUGGGCUUACACUAGCAUUCAACGGAGACUUACACCAUAGAUAGUUCAGUAUAGUGAGAGUGUGCAUCCAUACACUGUACAUGAACUUUGCUCAAUAAAAUAUCCAAAUAAA